AUGCUUCUACUGUUACUCCUGGUGGGGUUGAGUGCGGGUGUGCCGCAGAAGCCCAACCUCGACGCCAUCCUCAACCGGCGAACAGACGUCUACAUAGCUGGCUUCUUCCCCUUCGGCAAGGGCGUAGAGAACUCAAACACUGGUCGUGGCGUGAUGCCGAGCGUCAAGCUGGCGCUGGACCACGUCAACGAGCAUGACUCCGUGCUACGGAACUACCGGUUGCAUAUGUGGUGGAACGACACUGAGUGUAACGCUGCGGUGGGCGUGAAGUCUUUCUUCGACAUGAUGCACAGCGGACCACACAAGCUGAUGCUGUUCGGCGCGGCCUGCACGCAUGUCACCGACCCCAUAGCUAAAGCUUCAAAGCAUUGGCAUCUCACACAGCUGUCCUACGCGGACACCCACCCGAUGUUCACGAAGGAGGCGUUCCCGAACUUCUUCCGCAUCGUGCCCUCUGAGAACGCGUUCAACUUGCCACGCAUCCGCCUGCUUCAGCACUUUAAUUGGACAAGAGUCGGCACCAUCUACCAGAACGAACCCAGAUAUGCAUUGGCACACAAUCGUCUACUAGCAGACCUGGAUUCACACGGAUUCGAUAUAGACGAGACGCAGAGUUUCGCGACUGAAGUCAGAACUGCUCUGGAGAAGCUGAAGGAGAAGGAUAUCAGGAUAAUACUUGGGAACUUCAACGAGACUUGGGCGAUGAGAAUCUUCUGUGAAGCAUAUAAACUGGAGAUGUACGGGCGCGCAUACACGUGGCUGCUGCUGGGCACGUACAGCGAGCGCUGGUGGCUGAAGCGCGGGCCGUGCGCGCGCCGCGAGCUCACCGCCGCGCUCGACACCGCGCUGCUCACAGACCUGCUGCCGCUCUCCACCACCGGGGAGACCACCGUCUCCGGCAUCACGGCGAAAGACUAUCAGAUAGAAUACGACCGCCGAAGAGGUCUGGAGUAUUCAAGAUUCCAUGGGUACACUUAUGAUGGCAUAUGGGCGAUGGCACUGGCUAUACAAACGGUGGCGCAGCGUGUUAAGUUGAAGCAUAAGGAGAAGACGGUGCAGGACUUUCGCUACCGCGACAAGGAGUGGGAGCAGCUCUUCCUUGAUGCACUAAGCAAUGUCACCUUCGAAGGAGUCACGGGACCAGUAAGAUUCUAUGACAACGAGCGGAAAGCAUCGAUCCUUCUCAAGCAGUUCCAGGGCGACCAGGUGGGGGAGAUGAAGGUCGGAGAAUAUUGUGCAGAAAGGGAUCAUCUGGAUUUGAUCAGCUGGGAGCCUUUUAAAUGGGUUGGCAAGAAUCCCCCGAAAGACCGCACGCUGCGCCUCAUCGAGCACACGCAGGUCAACAUCACCAUCUACACGGUGCUGGUCUCCUGCUCCGUGCUCGGCAUCAUCCUGGCCACCGGCUUCCUCGCCAUGAAUAUACACUAUAGAAAUCAAAGAUACAUAAAGAUGUCUUCUCCUCAUCUGAACAACGUGAUCAUCAUCGGCUGCAUCUUCACCUACAUGAGUGUGAUCUUCCUCGGCCUGGACUCCAGCCUGGGCAGCCUGGGCGCGUUUCCGUUCAUCUGCAGCGCGAGAGCUGGGCUGCUGAUGACUGGCUUCAGCUUUGCGUUUGGCGCCAUGUUCUCCAAGACCUGGCGCGUGCAUUCCAUCUUCACUGAUGUUAAACUCAAUAAGAAGGUGAUAAGAGACUACCAAUUAUUCAUGGUGGUCGGAGUUCUACUGGCUAUCGACAUUGCUAUUAUGAGUACAUGGCAAAUAUUCUAUCCGUUCUAUAGAGCCACUAAACAAAUGGAGCCAUACCCUCAUCCGACAAGUGAAGAUAUCGUAAUAGUGCAAGAGAACGAAUACUGUCAAUCGGAGAAGAUGACCAUAUUCGUCGGAAUUAUUUACGUGUAUAAAGGACUGCUAUUGGUGUUCGGAGCGUUCCUUGCGUGGGAGACGAGACACGUGUCUAUUCCCGCGCUAAAUGAUUCCAAACAUAUCGGUUUAUCUGUCUAUAACGUGCUCAUAAUGUGCAUCAUGGGUGCUCCCAUCGCUCAUGUGCUCGCUGACCACAAGGAUGCUCUGUUUGUUCUCAUAUCAAUCUUCAUUAUAUUCUGUACAACUGCCACUUUGUGUUUAGUGUUCGUACCGAAGCUGCUAGAGUUACGUCGCAACGGUCAGCCGGGCGCGGCGGGGUCGCGGAUCCGCGCGACGCUGCGUCCGGCCGCCGCGCACGAGUGCCGCGACCCCGGGCCCGAGCUGGAGCGCCGUCUGAAGGAGCUGCGACAGUACAACAACCGCUAUCGCCGCACGCUGCAAGCCAAAGAGAACGAAUUGCAGAUGCUGCUUAGUAAGCUAGGAAGUGACGCGAGCUCGGAGUCUUCGACGAGGGAGUCGCGGUCGCCGGCGCAGCGCGUGCGUCUUCCCACCACUAAGGAGAACAUCAGUCAUCCAGAGACAAGCGAUAUAACAUCAGUGUGUAGCCUCAGUGCAUCGGCUGGUGCGGAGUCAGAGUAUAUCAACCUGCAGAGCCAGACUAAUAUUGAAAAACCCAAGCCUUCUGCUCCUCCAGAGCCGGUGAAAGAGGUGACCAUAAAAGAACCGAAGAAGGAACAAACGAAGAAUGUCUCCUUCAAGAACCAUCUAGACUACACCAGCCCGCCGUCUUCUAAAGCUGUACCUGAGAAAGACCAACUUGCGAAGCUGCCUUACGGUUGGUCUACUGAGGAACCCCCUGAACCUCCAAAGCCCAUCACUAAAUCCUCUGAGCCUGUGAAGGCGGAGACGAAGACAGUGCCCGCGCUGAAGACCAGCGACACCAGCACCGCCAAGUCAGUGCCGGCCAAGGUUCAAGAGCCGCUCUAUACCAAGGCUGCAGCACCUAAAGUGCUAAAGCUAUUUAAUUUAUUCGUUAUUCUAGAUGGAACAACACGAGGCGGUACUCCUGAAGGUUACAGAGAUUCUGACACCUUGAAGAUGUCUGACAGAUUGUCAAAGCGCCGCGGCUCAGAGUUCCCGCAGCCUGUGAGCACUCCCCCACACCAGCUGCAAACUAAGAGGCGACAAUCUGCGGCCCACAUGAGAACAUAUCAAGAAGAAAAAAGUGAAAAGCCAGAAACAACACCUCGCAGACAUGAUGAUAUUCCUAGAAAGUAUACACCUGAACCUAAAAUUGAAUCAGAAUCUUGGAAACCAGAUCCUGACACAAUCAGAGUAGCAAAAGGCCCAGAAUCACCGGCAAAGAGGUUGAAACAAGAAGCGGAGCCCUUGAAGAGAGCAAAAGGUGUUGGAGAAUCACCAAAACUAACUCAGGCAACUCAUCAGACAAGGCCUGAUCACCAUAAGAGUAGCCCUAAUGUAGCUUCGAGACAUAAAAUGGAGUCAAAUGGUAAAAAAGAAGAGCGCAAAUCAGCUACGUACGGCAGAAGUGACUCGAAACGUCAGGAUUCAGCAGAGCAACGUAAAAUGUACACAGCGAGUUCGGAAUCAGAAUUGUUCGAGUGUGCCAUCCUGCCAAUCUUUCAAAAACUCCUUACUGAGAGACACAAAAGUCAGCCGCACGGUUUAAAUUUAAGCUACGGUGUUAGUUGUCCCAAUAUUUCAAUUAAAUGUGACAUAGUUGAGUAUUUGUAAGAUUUUUUUAACUUUAACUUAUUCAAAGUUAGAUAUCAAAUUAAUGUAACAAAGAGUAAAUAGUUAACGAUCUUUAAAGGUGUUAUUUUAUCAUUCUAGACGAAUCGUAUUUUUAAA